AUGCCACAGUUAUCAGGCGGCGGCGGAGACCCGGAGCUGUGCGCUACGGAUGAAAUGAUCCCGUUCAAAGACGAAGGAGACCCGCACAAGGAGCAGAUCUUCGCCGAGCUCAGCCACUCGGAGGAGGAGGGAGACCUGGCGGACAUCAAGUCGUCUCUGGUCCACGAGUCAGAGAGCAGCCCCAACAGCAACAGCCACGACGCAGUUAGACAGUCCCAAAUACCGCAAGAUUCAUAUCAUGAAAAACACAGAGACCAUUUGGAGGAUGCAAAACUCCAAGACCUGUACAGUAAAGGGCAUCCGUACCAGGGCUACCCGGGCUACAUCAUGAUGAGCAACAUGAACGACUCCUACAUGAACAAUGGCUCCCUCUCGCCGCCCAUGCCCAGAACGUCCAACAAAGUCCCCGUGGUGCAGCCGUCCCAUGCAGUCCACCCGCUCACGCCACUGAUCACGUACAGUGACGAGCACUUCGCCCCAGGUCCUCACCCCCAGGAUGUCAACAACAAACAAGGAAUGCAGAGGCAUCACCCUGGACCAGACAUGUCCAACUUCUACUCCCUGUCUCCUGGAGGAGUCGGGCAGCUCACGCCACCGCUGGGAUGGUUCUCACACCACAUGGUGCCCGGCCCCCAAGGUCCCCACGCCACAGGGAUCCCCCACCCGGCCAUCGUCAACCCACAGGUCAAACACGAGCCUCUGCAUGAAACAGACAUCAUGCACAUGAAACCCCAGCACGAACAGAGAAAAGAGCAGGAGCCCAAAAGACCGCACAUCAAGAAGCCCCUAAACGCCUUCAUGCUCUACAUGAAAGAAAUGCGGGCGAAUGUGGUCGCCGAGUGCACGCUGAAGGAGAGCGCUGCCAUCAAUCAGAUUCUGGGACGAAGGUGGCAUGCUUUAUCUCGGGAAGAGCAAGCUAAGUAUUAUGAGCUAGCCCGCAAGGAAAGGCAGCUCCACAUGCAGCUCUACCCAGGCUGGUCCGCUCGAGAUAAUUAUGGAAAGAAGAAGAAGCGGAAGAGGGAGAAGAUGCAGGAAUCGGCCCCAGGUACAGGCCAGAGAAUGAAAACGGCGUACAUCUGAGAAUAUGGAGGGAAACGGAACAAUUUCUCCACAUGCAAAGCGAAGGCAGCAGCUACGGGCCCUCUGCUUGAGACGGAGGCCUGUUAGAUUCCAUGAAGACCCUCAAAG